CGCUCCCUGGGGGGCCACGACUGGGUCUCGGACUUGGGACUGUCACGCAGUUUUUCAGGUUUUGCUUUCGGGUGCAGUUCGUGCGGGGACGUGCCCUAGCCCACCGCCGCCAUGGAUGCCAUCAAGAAGAAGAUGCAAAUGCUGAAGCUGGACAAGGAGAACGCCUUGGACAGAGCUGAGCAAGCUGAGGCGGACAAGAAGGCAGCAGAGGAGAGAAGCAAGCAGCUGGAGGACGAGCUGGUGGCUCUACAAAAGAAGCUGAAGGGCACUGAGGAUGAGCUGGACAAAUACUCCGAGUCCCUUAAAGAUGCACAGGAAAAGUUGGAACUGGCUGACAAAAAGGCCACAGAU